GGCCCUACCCAAUUAACGCCCACCUCAACCCUUGCCCGCCACAAGACAGGCAGCAACUUGCCACUGCGAGCGGCAGGCAACUGCUAUGGCUGCCCCAAAGAUGCCGUCGUCCGCCUUGCCGCCUAAGAUGGCGUCGUCCGAUUUGCCGCCUGGGAUGGCGUCGUCCGAUUUGCCGCCUGGGAUAAAGGGGAAGGGAGCUGCUACCCACAACGAGGGAGACUGGAUAUGCGGCGACAAAGAUUGCGCUAACAUCAAUUUCUCUUGGAGGGCAAGUUGCAACAAGUGUGGAAAAGAUAAGGGAAAAGUGGACAUCAUAAAGAAGACAGGGGCAGAGAUAGGGAAGCAAGCAGCCGCUCGAAGCGGUGGACUGUUUGCAGCAGAGGACUGGCAAUGCUCUGUGUGUAGUAACGUAAACUGGGCCAGACGAGGCGAGUGCAACGUCUGUCGUACGCCAAAGUUCAACGUCUCAGAGGCCAGAACUGGUGCUGGGGGAGGGUACAAUGAACGAGAGAAUGUGGAGUACAAAGAAAGAGAAGAAUCAGAUGAUGAAUACGACGAGCACUCCAUUUGCCCCUCCCUCCAUCUUGCUCCUCUCCAUGUGUGUAAUGCUCCCUCUGUCUUCCCCCCCUGCACAGUUCGGUCGCAAGAAGAAGAAAUUCAGACGCAAAACCAAUCAAAAUGGGAGCAAGCGCCGUCCACGGCUAUAACAUACGAGCUGGAGAAGACGCAGAGUGAGGAACUGGAUCUCUCCAAGUUCCCGCUGGCCUCCACGUCUGCCAGCACUCGACCCAUGGAGAUGGAAGAAGAAGAGGAGGAGGAAGAAGAAGAAGAUGAUGAUGAUGAUGGAGAUAUGUCUAAGUACGACCUGAUGGCUGGCUCUGACGAUGACACACCUGCUGCAAGUAUUCCAAAGGUGACAUCGCUUCAGAAGCACAAGUCUAGCUCCCUGUCUCCACGCCGUUCCAAAUCUCCGAGACACAGACACAUGUCGUCACGUUCCCAGUCCAGCCGCUCCCGUUCCAGGUCCCCCGUCAGUGGGUCAAGUCCCAGGUCGUCACGGAGACGGCGCUCUAGGAGUUCAUCUCCACGACAACGCAGAAGGUCCCGCUCACACUCAAGGAACAGAAAACGGUCGUCGAGGAGUCGCUCCCGCAGUCGGUCGCCCCACCGUCGGAGGUCAGAGGGUUCAAAGGAGAGAGGUCGCAGACAGUCUCGGAGCCGAUCUCGUGAUGGUUGGCGACGGUCCUAUUCCCGCAGUCGGUCAAGGUUACAUUCCAGUCCGAAUUCCAUUCCAUGUUCCCAUUAUGAAUGCACAAAGUGUACAAAUUCAUCUCAAUUUUACGUGUGGACUGCUUUUUUGUGGCAGGUCUCAUUCCAGGGACAGAAGGAGGAGCUACCGGUCUCGUUCCCAUUCCAGGGAACGACGCUAGAGUGUGGUAUAGGUCAUUGCUGGGUACAUCAAUAAGUGCUGCUAGCCCUUACAUAAUAUGAUGUCAUCGUUAUGUCAUUCCUGUGUUGUAUUGUUGUACAGAGAAAGACACAUGCGCACACACACAGUCUGUAGAUAUGUAUGUACAUAAUUAUUUGCUGGAUGUUUAUGAAUUAGUGUAUAUUACUCCAUUAGUUUGUUGCAGUGUAGUUAUAAUGACAUACUAUUAUAUGAAUUAUUCAUGAGAUAUGGCUGAGA